CCUACUCCGGCCGAAUCCCCUUCGAGAUUUGCAUUUGUGACUUUCCAAUGUUCGCGGUGACCAUGUUUCGGCGUGACGUCCUCCGACUCUACAAACAGAUGCUGAGAACGGGGCGGACGUGGGCCGCCCAAAAUCCGGAGAAAACGGAGGAGGAGCAGUUCUACAUCAUCUCCGAAGCCAGGGAGCUCUUCAGAAGAAACAAAUCUGAAACGAAUGAAGAGACUAUCAAAGAGUGCUUGAGAGAGGCCCAGGCGCGGCUAGACCUGGCGCUGCAUUACGGCAAUCCUUACCCAAGGCCGGUCAACGUAGCAACGACCGGACUGACUCCUUGUCAAGCGAAGAACCUCAAGACACAGCAGAAGCUGUGGAAGCAGUCCAGGCCAGUCUACAUGCGCUCCAUAGACAUCGAGACUCAGCAGAACCCUCCGGCGGUAAAGACGACAGCGAAAAAGACCAUGAUGGGUAACCCAGAUUGCGCAAUGCACCGUGCCACAAGACCCCACGAAAGUCGAGGAACCUCUUGGAGGUGUACGGUGUGCGGUGCCGCCGGCGACUGAACGCUCAUUGAGGGUUGCACUGGUGUUAAAUCGAAACCAAUAAAACAAGAUAGCCUCAAAUUAAUUAAUGAUGUUUGAGGCGACGAUUA